AGUAGCGUACGGUGACUUGCCCGACUCCAAGCCUGGAAAUCAUUCGGCGAACACUGUUAGCGACCACCGUUGAAGCCGGCCUCUCUGCAGCCAUGAAGUUGCUAUACCCGACGUCGCUCAAGCUGGACGUGUCGAAGUUAGAAGGUUUCGGCAUCGAACUGCAUCCCUACGAUGUGAAGCAACAAAUACCCGACAAUCUCCUCGAUGCCGAGGUCUUGGUAACAUGGUGCAACAGCCCGGACAACUUCAAGCAUGCCGCCCAAAACAUGCACAAGCUCCACUGGAUCCAAUCACUCGCCGCCGGCCCCAACGAUGUACUCAAUGCCGGCUUCGACACGAAGAAGAUCAUGGUGACCACCGGUUCAGGCCUGCACGAUCGAACCGUUGCAGAGCACACCCUCGGCUUACUCCUCAACGCCGCGAGACGGUUCUACGAAAUGCGCGAUUACCAAGUCCAGGGCAAGUGGCCGCAGCAUCUGGGUGGUCCGCAACCGGACAAGGUACCGGGCACCUUUACUACGCUGGAAGACGCCAACAUCACCAUCUGGGGCUUCGGCAAUAUCGCCAAGUACCUCGCUCCCUACCUGACCGCCAUCGGCGCCAAGGUCCGCGGAGUAGCUCGGCACGCCGGCGUGCGGAAUGGUAUAGAGAUCUACAGCGACGACAAACUCGCCGAAAUCCUCCCAAAAACCGACGCCCUAGUUAUGAUCCUACCCGGCUCCGAGUCAACAUACCACGCCCUCAACGCGGACCGGCUCAAGUUGCUACCCAAGCACGCCUGGAUAGUGAACGUCGGCCGCGGGACGUGCAUCGACGAAGAUGCUCUCAAUAGUGCACUCGACAACGACGCCAUCGGCGGGGCGGCGCUUGAUGUUUUUGAGAAGGAGCCCUUACCCGAAAGCUCGCCGUUGUACAAGCAGAAGAAUGUCAUCUUGAGUCCGCAUGCCGCAGGUGGUAGGCCACGGGAUGCCGAGCAGUUGAUCGCCGACAAUUUGCGGCGGUUCAUUGCUGGACAGCAGUUGAAGAAUCUCGUUUGACUCGCGGCGAAGGCGGGCGCCUCGAAAUUGUGAGGGCUCGCCUUCGGGUUCUGUAGAGCAGCGUUUUACGACCAGCGGUCCUCGAUGACCCUGGACUGACUCUCGUGCGCAUGAAGCAUUCGGAGCGGUUGAUCUUCGAAUUAACGACGUGUCCCCUACAUACGGACGAGGCAGCGUCGGCACUUUGCCGACCAUGAGUAUAGAGAUGAAAACAGCGAAUGCUGCUUGCUGUGAUCGGCCGCUGAUGCGUCAAUGAUCAUGUACCUCUUCCAGUCCAGCUACCAUUCCAGACUCCCGCAUCAUCUGUGCUCCAGCAGUAGCAUGAACCAGUAAGGCAAUACGUGACCGCUGCAUUGUUCCCUCGUCGCGGCUAGGCGUUGAAGAUCUGUUUCACUGCUGAAGUCUUGCAAACCCGCCAGCCUGUUCGACUGUAUCGGCUCUCUUGUUGCGCUGCUUACUCUGCUCCAUCCAUCUAAUUGCGGCGCGAUCGUUGUCUGCUG